AGCGCGCAGACCAGCCCUCCCCAGUCUAAUGUAUCCAUGAAGUUGUUACAAAGAUGGCGGAUUUCCUGCCGUCCCGGUCUUUAGUUUGUUUCACGAAUUGUCUUCUAAACCAACACGAGGCCGAACAAACAAGGAAAUCUAAGGAGAUCGACAAAUGUAUUUCGCGGGACAAGACUUAUGCGAAGAAAUUGGUAAAGAUCCUGCUGCUGGGCGCGGGCGAAAGUGGCAAGUCAACUUUCCUCAAGCAAAUGCGCAUAAUUCAUGGGCAGGACUUCGAUCGAGGGGCAAGAGAGGAGUUCCGGGCUACGAUUUACAGUAAUGUUAUCAAAGGGGUGCGCGUGCUGGUGGACGCCCGGGAGAAGCUGCACAUCCCCUGGGGAGACGAGGACAACCAGGUGCACGGCGAGACCAUGAUGGGCUUCGACACGCGCUCCUCCAUGAUGCUGCACGGCAUGGUGGAGACCAAGGUCUUCCUGCACUACCUGCCCUCCAUACGGGCGCUGUGGCACGACAGCGGCAUCCAGAACGCCUACGACCGGCGGCGAGAGUUCCAGUUGGGCGAAUCCGUGAAAUAUUUCUUGGACAAUUUGGAUAAACUCGGACAGCCGGACUACCUGCCGUCGCAGCAGGACAUCCUGCUGGCGCGCAAGCCCACCAAGGGCAUCCACGAGUACGAGUUCGAGAUCAAGAACGUGCCCUUCAAGAUGGUGGACGUGGGCGGCCAGCGCUCGGAGCGGCGUCGCUGGUUCGAGUGCUUCGACAGCGUCACCUCCAUCCUCUUCCUCACCUCGUCCAGCGAGUACGACCAGGUGCUGAUGGAGGACCGGCAGACCAACCGGCUCAUGGAGUCGCUCAACAUCUUCGAGACCAUCGUCAACAACCGCGUCUUCGCCAAGGUCUCCAUCAUCCUCUUCCUCAACAAGACGGACUUGCUGGAGGAGAAGGUGGCCACCGUGUCGAUUAAGGACUACUUUCCCGAGUACGAGGGCGAGCCGCACGACCUGGAGGACGUGCAGAAGUUCCUGGUGGAGUGCUUCAAGGCCAAGCGCCGGGACCAGCAGCAGAAGCCACUCUACUACCACUUCACCACCGCCAUCAACACCGAGAACAUUAAGAUGGUGUUCCGCGACGUCAAGGACACCAUCUUGCACGACAACCUCAGGCAGCUCAUGCUGCGAUAAAGCGUUAAAGCGUUUUGAGUGUUGAACGUUAAGCCGGCGUGUGGUUGGACAAUGAACAGGAUGUGGGGACUUGGAUGAAUUUGAAUUAGAUUUUUUUAUGUUGGCAGGUAAAUCUUCUUCAAAGAGGAUGCAAUUUGUUAAGUAAGCUGAUUGAUGUACCAUGGUAAAUGUUUUAAAGUGACUUCACACCAUUUCUGGAAACAAGCCAAUUUUACACCUCCCUUGGAGUUAAAUAAUUGAGUUUUACCAAAAGGAGGUGGUAACUGUGACACUCCGGUUUUAUUAUUUUUACUUUUUUCAUGGCAAAAAAGUGCUGACUGACGCAUUUCGACCAUCACAGUCUUUGUCAGGGUUACCUUUCUACUGUAGCCUACUUCCAGCUGUUUUCUGAGUCUGGCAAAGCACAUUCUACCUCCAAGCUAGCAUAUACCUAGUUGAAUGAAUUGGGGCAGGCUGAUCCUAUAUGAUUCAAUGGUAAUUGGCUGCUUGUAUCUGGAAGUAAGAUCGCCAUACUCUGAGAAUGGCUUGAAGAACAGUAGAAAGGUAUAACUCAAUUAUUAAACUCAAGGGGGAGGUGAAAAAUUAGCUGUUUUGCAGAAAUUGUGUGAAGUCACUUUAAGAUUGUCAACGGAAAUGAGGAAAUGGUUGAAUGUGCUAUAUAAUGUUGGUUGGUAAGGUCUUGUGACUGCCUUGACCUAAACCUAGGUUGAAAUACUUCCACUCCAAUACGGUUCCAAUACGCCCACUCCAUUCUGGAGGAAUGGUGCCUUUUCAGGCCUACCUACAAAAAUGUCCCAGAAAGCCUUAAAAACAUACACUCCUCUCCUACCUUCAUCACUUAAUUCCAAAGACGGUUUUAUAGCGAUGCUGUACCAUUUCUGGAAAUAAGCUCAUUGUACCUCCCUUGGAUUUAAAGAAUUGAGUUUUACCUUUCAACUGUUCUUCCAGCUAUUAUUUUGGUCCGGUGAUAUGACUUUAAGUUCCAAGCAUUCAAUUAUCUCUGAACCUUAUACGAUUCAACCGUAUAUAUUCUAGCUUGGGGGUAGAAUUUGCAUUGUGGUUAGAAGUACUGGAGAAAGGUGGAAGAUUUCAAAUGAGCUGAUUUCCACAAACUGUGGGAUGUUACUUUAAACAAUUGAAUUGGUAUAAUUAUUACAUUACAUAUUAACUGGGUCAAGGUUUUAAGGUGGGCAAAGGAGAUGGGGAAAAUAUUUGAAUGUGCUAUAUGAUGUUGGUUGGUAAGGUCUUGUGCCUUGACUGUUGAACUUGACUGGUUUGAAACACUUCCAACAGAAACCACUCCAUUCUGGAGGGAUGUUAACUUUUCAGCCUUACCUAGAAGAAUGUCUUAAACACAUACUGUACACUCCUGUCCUGUCUUUGAACAUUCAACUCCAAAUACUGUUGUAACAGCAGGAGACUUAUGCAAGUGGACAUAUGUGAUUCUUCAAGGUGGUGUUUCAAGCCACUACAGUGGCCUACAUCCAUGUUGUCAUUGUCAAUCACUGCUAGGUCAACAUAAAUGCCUGCAAUGGAUUUUUGCGUAAACCAUCCACACCUGCCAACCAGCAAAGACAAAAAUGAAAAAGCAAAGUAUCUCCUCACUUUAUAAUAAGAAAGUUGUAUGUAUUUUACACUGGUUUUUACAUGUACGUGAAUCAUAAGGACCGCAAUACUGACUUUUGGACACUUCAAUGUAUUCAUGAUGGUUCAAGUGCUAGUCAGCAUCACUUUUUGCUAAUCUGGUGUUCCAAAGCCCACACCUACUAGCUACUAUGCUGAUUGCAAUGAUAUUUCCCAUUGUCAAUCAAUGUCGUUGCUAACUGACUAGCAAUUGUGGUCUUGUGGAAAACACAGCUCGGAUCACUAGCCUAUAUCGUACCUACUGUAAUUCUUCUAUCUGUGCUCUUGCCGCAGCCGGUGUGCAGUUUUAAAACGAGCUGGGCUUAUAAGGGGCGUGACCAUAAAUUGCUUCUGUUUCCUUCCAAAGCCCAUAUUCCUGAUUUAUCAUUCCUGUGAACUUAAAAUGGUGA